CCCUGGUCGUAUCCAUCUCCAUCUUCAUCUCCAUCCGGGGCAUCCGGCGCAUCCGGCGCAUCCGGUCCGCCUCCGCCCUGCCAACUCGUCCACGCCAUGUCACACUCAUCGCAACUCACAGUGCCCGCUACGAGAAAAAGCAAGUGCAAUCUGAAACUCAAAGAGUAUCAUCGACUUCUCUUCAAGAAGCCGUACAACUCCUUCAUGAUUUGCCUGCUGAGCGAGUACGAUGACUGCCUGAAGAACUGUCCUACUCUUCCCCAGGAGGCAUAUGGCUUCUCCUGGACCAUAUGCCACAAGGGCAGGGCCAAGUCUGCCAACUGGACCAUCUGGGUCUCGCGCCCGAUCCUGGACAAGUUUCUCUAUUUCAAGAAGAUCUCGCUCGCCACCAGCCAUGCCGAGUUUGUCGAUAUGCUCCUGUAUGUGCAUAUAAAGCGCCCAGUCGAAAUCACAUCCACGCUUCCCUAUCCUUGCCCCAACGGCCAGAACUCUGAACAGAACAGUGUGAUACCCUUGGAGGAGAACGAACGUACCCCUGAUCUGGGCGACAUCAGGGAAAUGGAACAAUACCUCAACCCUGAAGGAGUUCUUGCUGAUACUCAUACUAUGAGCGAUCUAGCCGAAGCCCAUGUGCCGCCGUACCCCUGUCACUUUGGACUGCCUGCACCCGUCACCCCAACCGAUUCCUCCACAAGCUUUGUCACAACGAAUGCAAAUGGUUUCAACCUCACCAAGGAGCAGUAUGAAUACCCUCUGCAAUAUUUCAAUGAUCAACUAUUGGAACCAUUCAAUCUUGACUGCACCGUGUCAUCGAAACAAACCAUCCAGACCCUCCCGACCCCGAGCGACUUGCCCGUUGACGCUGUUCAGUACAUCGAGCCUAUGUGCACCUACGACCACCUGGCCACGCUCGAAAGUAUGUUCUUUUCUCUGAACCAGUACGGCCUCCAGAGCGAGUCCGAUUCCGCCGACCUGCAGCCCCAAGUCCAGGAAUGCGCGGCCACGCUGUGGUCUAUCGACUCGUGAACAAUGAUGCCUUCCAGUGUCGCCUCUCCCCAUUUGUUUGCUUCCAAUUGCAUUUCCUCAUUCUGC